CGGAAGACGGGGCUCAUCAUGUGCGCCGCCGGCGCGGCGUCGACGAUGCUCGGCGUGUCGCUCUUCUUCGAGAAGAACCUCAUCCGGUUGGGGAACGUGCUGCUCGUCGCGGGCGCGCCGAUCGUCGUCGGCCCCCAGCGCGCGUCGCGCUACGUGCUCAACCCGGCCAAACUCCGCGGCAGCCUCUGCUUCGCCUGCGGCUUCAUGCUCAUCCUCAGCGGCCACCCGCUCCUGGGCAUCGUCGUCGAGAUCUUCGGCUUCCUGAACCUGUUCGGGAACCUGUUCCCGCUCUUCACGGCCAUGUUCAAGAACCUGCCCUUCGUC